AUGCAAACCUCCUGGUCUCGGGCUGCUGGCCGGGUCGUGGAGCGGCAGGCGCUAGUCUCCCCCGCAGACCCCCUGCGGCAGCAGCACCCCGGCCGGAGGAGGGCGCGCUUCGGCGGUUGCCCGCCCGUCGAGGCGCCUGUUCCCUCAAGAGGGCGGCAGGCAGGCAGGCAGAAGCCGCUCGCAGCCCAGAGCCCCACGCCUGCCGCCGCCGCCGCCGGCGCUUCCCCACCGACGGAGAGUCGGCGACCAGCGGCAGCAGCCAUGGGAGAACAUCAGUUGAAGGCAUUGCAGGAGGAGGCGGACGGGGUGAAGGACAUCAUGCUGGAGAACUACAACAAGGUGCUGGACCGUGAAGGCAAGCUGACCGAGUUGGAUCAAAGGGCAGACGAUCUCCGUAACCAGAGUUCUGCCUUCAGCAAGACAACGCAGACCUUGGCCUGGAAGAAGCGCUGGGAGAAUAUGAAAUGGAAGAUCAUCCUGGGAGUUGGAGUUGCUGUCAUCAUGGUCGUCCUCUUGGCAAUCAUUCUCUACUUCGCCAUCCCCCGACCGGGGAGCCAGGAUGCCCCGGCCCAAGGGGCUGAUGGUGGAAACUAGCCCAGAGGCCGCCUCCCUGCCCCUUGCCUCAGUGCAUCAAUCAUCAUCGCGGAUGCUGCUGCUGCUGCUGCUGCUGCUACUGGGGACCAGAGCAGGACCCCCUACAGCAAGACUGUGGAGCAGAGCAGCGCUGCCACGACUCUUCCGUGGACAGGCUCAGAGGAUGGGCCUCCGGAAAAGCCACGUCGGUGCUCAGCCCUCGAUGGCAAGAUGCGGCACAUAUGCAGUCCUCGGUCACGUCAUGAACCUGUGAAUCAGGGGCCUGAACACUCCUCGCACUCGGUCCUCUGGAUCCAGGAGCCUCCACAUUGCUCUGACGGCCCCAUCAUGAUGCCGCCUGCAUCCCCACCGAGGCAGCCAACCCAGGCCUGGAGGGAUGUGGGUGCCAGGGCUGGGCACCCUUGCAUCCUGCUAGUUUCAUUCCUGGAACCUAGCACAGUGUGGCAGAGAGAGGGAAAAGGAGAGGAGGCUGAUUUGGGCAGUUGAGCCAAGUGUCACCAAGGGGGCUGCUCGGAGCCCCGGGACGGGGGGGGCACACUUGUCCCCGGGCACAGGCCUCGCUCACGUCAAUGGCACUUGUGCAGAACUUUCUCCAGGACUGUGAAUUCAAGGGGGAGAGGUGGGUGGGGCAGGGAAAAGGUGGGAUGUGGGUUUUCAGUCUCUGGCACUUCAGCCUUGAGCUGGGCCCAUUGUUGUAUGUCUGGCCGAGUUCUCAGUAUAAGGCUGUUUCUGCACAGCUGAGAAGACGGCUGUUGCUCCUCAGCCUAAGCAAGCCACAAGCCACACGUGGGGAGAGCUGGGGGGUUUUAAGACUGGAUCAUGCUGCAGCACAACCCGGCAGGGUGUGCAGGUCCUGUCACUGCAGGGGGCACCAUGCCUGCAUGGGCCCACCACCGUGCCAGCUCUCUUCUCCUGGGGGACACGACUCCUUGCUUGAGGACUCCACCCUGCAGACUUUGCCCUGUUGCCAUUUUGGGACCUCCCAGAGAGGCCCCAACUUCAGUGCAGUGCCCUUUCAGCAUUCACAAAGGCCACUUGGACACACAUUGGGAGUCUUUCCCCUCAUUCUCCCUCGGCCAGAGUUUUCCUCUUUUUAAAUACAUGCUCAGCAAUUCAGCCAUUUUCAUUACAAGAUGAUUACUUUUCAGGGUUUUUUUUUUGUUUUUGCACACAGAAGCUGCCUGUUUAGCUAUCUUAUAAGGGACAAAGGCGAAGGAUUUCCCAGGAAAUUCAAUCCAAAGCACGCCCCAUCUUACUGCAGGGCUGCUGCUGCUGCUGCUCCUGGUGCCUGACAAGCAUCCGCUUUCCUGGCUAUUAGUGCCAGUCAGUGACAUAAAUGCUACUUGAUGUAACUGCCGAAAAGUGCCUUGUACUUCAGAUAGCCGGGUUGGAAAGAGAAACCUCCCCCGAUCUCUUGCCUCCUACUGUGUUUCAAGUGUGCCUGCUCGUUGCAGCUUGAGUUCCAUGUAGCAGACAGAAGUGUGGAAUGAUUUCAGAUUGUUCUUUCUGUACGGCUCAAGAGCCAUUUUCUGUGGCAAGAACAGUAAAAGGCGAAGGGUUUCCUGACAA